AUGUGGCCAAACAGAAGUGGAUCUCGAUGGCAUGGAAUAUCCCAUUUGGAAAGUCUCCGUCCCCAAGUUUGGCAAGUUGCUGUAUGUCAGGCCCCUUGUACGACGCGAGUCGGCCUAUCAACUGGACGUCUACAUGUGCGCAGCGGGCCUUGA